AUGUCAUUGAGUCCGCCUGCCUAUCUCAGUACCCUACAGAGCAAUAUCAGAGCUCGCCCAAUACCUUGGGACGGUGCUGUUCGAGCGGGGAAUCUAACAGAAGACCAGCUCAAGAGAAUCAGAUCGGUUGACAAGGUCAGGAAAGAGCAGCGGAAACAGACUAUCGAGAAAGAUGUAAAUAGCUACAGCAUCCUGCUUGUCGGCGGCAAAGAUGGCGGCAGUGUGCUCGAAAAGGCCUCAAAGCGUAGCGACAUCAUCCAGUACAGUCUGGUGUUGGCGACCGACCUCAUCAACGAUGCUCCUGAUCUUGCAAAGGCCAUCCUACAGCACCCUGAACCAUACAAGAACUACUUGUCUCUUCUCAACCAGGGAAACAGCCCAGAGGACCCCAUUCCCCUCCUCUCCGCUACGUUUCUCGUCAACCUUAUUGCCAUUUCUAUAACGGCCUCCCCGCGCCCAGCCAGGCGAGAUGACGAGGCGCUUCCGCAGCUCUAUUCAUACCUGACCAAAUUGGUCAAGAAUCAGGACAGUGGAUUACAAGAUAUCGGGGUACAGCACAUGUCGCAGUUGCUGCGAACGAAGCGAUCAAAAGAACUAUUCUGGAACCAGAGACAGGACACGGUCGAUCCCCUAUUCGACAUCUUGAGAAAAGCCGCUGGAGCAGCAAAAGACAAUGAUUCUACGCUGUGGAGUGGCAAUGCCAGCAUACGAAGCAGUGACACGAGAUUUGGCGAAGGCGUAGGCCUACAAUUGAUGUAUCAUGUGUUAUUGGUAAUAUGGCAGCUCAGCUUCGAGGGCGAGCUGGUGGGCGAGGGUCUUGAAAAGGACGAGGAGAUUGUGCCGCUGUACACACAGCUUCUGCGGAUGUCACCAAAGGAGAAGACCACCCGGCUCUUGCUGGCAACGCUGAACAACCUCCUUUCGACCAAUAAGGAGACGUUGAUUGCGACUGCUACAACUGCCAGACUUCCUGCCCUGCUGAACAAUCUGAGCAGUCGCCAUCUGACCGAUCCUGACUUACUGGAGGACUUGGAGGGCCUGAAGACGAUGCUUGAAGAAUACACAAAAAAUCAGACGACAUUUGACGAAUACGCCGACGAGGUAAACUCUGGCCAUCUUCGCUGGUCACCACCGCAUCGCAACCCGACAUUCUGGCGAGAAAAUGCACGCAGGAUCCUCGAAGACAAAAAUGGCGAACUCCCUAAGAAAUUGGCUGAGAUUCUCUCCAAGAGCUGGGAAUCGGACAAACAAGUGUUGGCAGUCGGAUGCAAUGACGUGGGCAACCUGGUGAAGCAGGUGCCGGAGCAGCGGACUGCGCUCGAGAAGUUGGGCUUCAAGGCUCGGCUUCUGGAGUUGAUGGGUGAUCCGGACGAGAAUGUAAGGUGGGAGAGUCUCAAGGCUGUGGGAGAUUGGAUGAGAUACACGUUUGAUAAGUGA